AUGGCUCCUGUUGCAGGCAACAAGCGGAAGAGAGGCGAUAGAAGUUGGUCUGGCGACUCGUCGAACGAUAGCCCUAGGCCUUCUCCGCAUCGCCCAAGUAACCUGAAUCUGGCGCAGCAGCAACAACAGCAGCAAGGCAGAGAUGGCCAGGAGGGCCGUGGAAGAGGUGGCCGGAGGUCUAGUCGUGGAGGCCGAAAUACAAGGAGAGGUAGCGAUAGCGCACAUGUUCAGCACCAGCCGCAGCAGCACCAGCACCAGCAGCAACACCAUCAGUUGCGUGAAAGUCCUGUCUCUGCGAAACCUGUCCCCGCACCAAAUAGCAGCGAAUCUGAACCGGCCAAACCCAAUGGUGUCUCAGCCAUCCAACCUUCUACAGUUCCAGCAGAACUACCGCAACAGGCCAUUGUUACAAAGACCUCCUCCUACUGCUACGAAUAUGUUUCGCCCGAGAGUAUGGCAAACUGGGCUGGAAUUGGACAGCCAGCCAUCAUAGAAAUCGGCACGAAAGCUCGAACGGAGGGUGAUUCUCUUACUCUGUCGUCAGUAUUCCAAGAGCUUGUGCAGUUAGCUCUCGAGGGCCGUGUGCCUCCUCAAGAUCUUGGGAGCACGGUACGGGCGAUUAUCGGAAAUACCGAGACUACCGACUCAGCUCUUGAUCCACGCACAAUAUUCCUCGACACACUCUCCAUUCUGACCGAAAGUGAGCCUUCUAACCCUAACCUCCGCCCUUUUCUAUUCUCAACUGGUAUCCCCUCCGAGACAAUGCGACUUCAGUUGGAAACUCCACUUCUUCAAUCCCUCGGCUUGAUUCGUGAUACUUUUGCCCGCAUGGGAAUCAGAAAACAGACCAACCUCUUAUAUCGACAGUCAAACUAUAACCUAUUACGAGAAGAGUCUGAAGGAUACUCGAAGCUCUUAACGGAGCUCUUUACCACGAGCAACAAUGAGCCUCCUUCCAGCGAGGUGGUCGAAGAUACUUUCGAACGGGUAAAGGCAAUGAUAGGUGCUUUUGACAUGGACGUUGGAAGGGCUCUUGAUGUCACUCUGGACGUAUUCGCUGCUGUUCUAGUCAAACAAUAUCGGUUCUGUGUCAAAUUCCUAAGGGCAAGCUCAUGGUGGCCAAAGGAAGAUGGUAUAGGUGGACAUAAUUCAAUGUCUGGCUUACCCCGAUGGGCAUUGCCUGGGUCUCCUGGGUGGUCAACUACUGAUGAGGAAAGAGCCGAGAUGCUGCGACUAAAUGAAACCCGAGAUCAAGAAUUCUGGGAUAGGGUAAGGGAAAUCGGCAUACGUGCCUUUUUUGAGCUCGGCCGGCAACCCAUUUCGGAGGAAGAACAGCGCAAGUGCAUAUCUGCGGCUGAAGGAGACACCGUUAAUGAUAGCGGCGAAACAAAAAAGUGGAUUGAACAAACAGGCACGCUUCCACCCAGAGGGAAUCGAGUGGCGGCGCAACUUCUCGGCUUUAAACUCCGAUAUUACUCUUCUGAUGCACGAAACCCAUCUGAUGUUCUUCCCGACAACUUAAUAUACCUUGCAGCACUUCUAAUUAAAGUUGGGUUUAUCUCCCUGCGCGACCUAUACCCCCAUCUUUGGCGCCCAGAUGAAUCCAUGGACGCUUUGAAGGAAGAAAAGAUGAAGGAAAAGGCGGAAAGGGAGGCGGCGUCUCGUCAUGGCGGAGCCGUCAAUGCCUUAAUGACUGCCGGUGCGCUGAUUGAUGACACUGUGCCCCCUCCUCCCCGAAUCAGAGAACCCGAUGCCAGAUCUGCCACUCCAUCCCGAGACCAGGAUCAUGACCAGGAUAAAUCCGCGGCUCCCAAGGUUGAGGACAAAGAACAGUUACCUGAACCAGCUGAUCAGAAGGUUCUUCUCCUGAAAAGUUUACUCGCUAUUGGUGCUCUUCCAGAGUCAUUAUACAUACUAGGGAAGUUUCCGUGGUUGCUUGAUGCCUACCCUGAACUUCUUGAGUUCAUCCACCGCAUUAUUCACCACUGUUUAAACAAGGUGUAUAACAAUGUUCGACCAUUAGCUGAACAAGAUGAACUGAAGGCCCGCAAAAAGAUUGUCAGCACUGAUCAAUCUACUACGCUAUCAGGAAAAGUUCGACUUGGAGAUCAACCCCCUCGGCGUAUCCUCCGUUGGGCACAGUUAGACAAAGAAGAUACUAAUGAUGGCACCGAUUACCGAUUCUACUGGGAUGAUUGGGCUGAUAAUAUCCCAAUUUGCCAGUCUGUUGACGACGUUAUCGCUCUCUGUGGAUCGUUUUUGAACCUAUCCGGGGUAAAGAUUGGAAACGAUCCCAGCUUACUCACAAAAUUGGCUCGCAUCGGUAACCACAGCAUGAAGAAUGAUCCAUCUGAAUCUAAUAUUUCACGCUGGAGAGACCUCUGCAAACGCCUUCUUGUCCCAGCUCUCAGUUUAACCAAAGUUAACCCUGGAGUGGUUAAUGAAAUAUUCGAGCUACUGCAAAAUUUCCCUCAAGAUGUCCGAUUUUCGAUAUAUGCGGAAUGGAAUAUUGGACAAACAUCCAGAUCACCAGAUAUAAAAUCGGCGUUUGACCUAGCCCGCGCCCAAACGAAGGACUCCUUGAAACGCUUAAGCAAGACAAAUCUACGGCCAAUGGCUAGGACACUGGCUAAAAUUGCAUAUGCCAACCCUGGAGUAGUGAUCAAUGUUGCCAUCAGUCAAAUCGAGUCCUACGAGAAUUUGAUUGAAGUUAUAGUCGAAUGCGCACGUUAUUUCACAUUCCUCGGGUACGAUGUUUUAACCUGGGCAUUGGUCAAUUCCUUAGGGCAAAAGGGAAGAAGCAGAAUGCAGGCCAGUGGACUGUUAGCUAGCCGCUGGCUUAAUUCCCUGGCAACCUUCGCUGGCAGAGUCUUCAAACGAUACUCCAGCAUUAUGAACCCUAUUCCCGUCCUACAGUAUGUCAGUGACCAGUUGCGCCAGAAUAAUUCCACCGACCUCCUUGUCCUUGAACAGCUUAUUAGUUCAAUGGGUGGCAUUGUUACUGAUAACAGCUUUAACGAUGCUCAGCUCCAAGCUAUGGCUGGAGGAAAUGUCUUACAAUCCCAAACAAUGCUGCAGCUACUGGAUAAACGACAUGAGUCCAAGACAACUUCAAAGCGGCUCAUGAAAUCGUUAUCUGAUUCCAAUUUGGCCGGAUUGCUUCUUGUGGCAAUGGCACAGGAAAGAGUAACCUGUAUCUUCAAGGAGUCCGAAUCCGAUGCGGAAUUGAAGCUACUCGGUAACAUAUUCGAUGAGACUCAUCGUGUGCUGACACAAUAUCUGGAUCUCCUCCGAUCCAACUUUACCGUCGAUGAAUUCAACUCUUAUGUACCGGACGUUGUGGCUCUGAUUAGUGAAUUUGGAAUACAGCCCGAAGUGGCAUUCUGGAUAUCACGUCCAAGCAUUGCUCAGCGUAUCGCCGAUGCAAGCAAACAGAUCCAGGAAGUGAUGGCGAAGAAAUCGGAGGUAGAGGCUCCAGCUCCUGAAACAAGCCUUAACGACGACGUUGAAAUGGGCGAAGAUAAAGAGGCUUGUGAGCCAGUGGCAGAGCAAGGAGAUGCAAUGGCUGUGGAUAACCAAGCGUCGUUUGACGAGGGUAAAGCUCUGCCGGGAUCUACCUCGCCAGAUCCUAUCAACUCAGAGAAAGCCUCCAGCCCAGUUUCGCCUUUCAACCCAGUUGUUCAAGAACUGAUGGAUCAAAUGAAAUCAUCUGUUCCUGAAUCGUUCUGGGACGUUGUUGGCUUACCAUUUUAUAUUACAUUCUGGCAGCUCUCUCUGUACGACAUCUAUGUGCCCCAAAAGUCUUAUGAGGACGAAACGGAACGCCUAAAGAAACGAGUUAUCGCUAUUUCACACGACAGGUCGGACAUGAGCUCGGCUGGCGUUCAGCGCAAGGAGAGAGAGAAGAGGCAAAUUAAUGAACUUCAUGACCAAAUAUUGGACGAGAACAAGCGUCAUAUCCGAGCCUACGGACAAACUCGUGCGAGGUUACAGAAGGAAAAGGGCCAAUGGUUUGUUGGAAUGCGCGUUAAACACGAAGCUUUGAAUAUUGCUCUCAUGCAGCAAUGUUUCCUUCCCCGUACCUUACUCUCUCCUAUUGAUGCUCUUUACAGUUUCAAAAUGCUCAAAUAUCUUCACUCGUCCGGCACUCCUAAUUUCCGAACAGUGGGCCUAUUGGAUCAGCUCUUCAGGGAUCAACGAUUGACUAGCAUUAUAUUCCAGUGUACAGCAAAGGAAGCGGACAAUUUUGGACGCUUCCUUCUCGAAAUUUUACGUGAUCUCAGCAGAUGGCAUGCAGACAAAGCUGUGUACGAAAAAGAGGCCUUCGGAACUAAGCGUGACCUCCCUGGUUUUGCUAGAACGAUGGAUCCUGAAGGAAAACCUACAACUUUCCUAGACUAUGAGGACUUCCGACGGAUUUUGUAUAAAUGGCACCGACAACUGAGUGCAUCUCUCAAAACUUGCUUGACUGGAGGCGAGUAUAUGCACAUUCGAAAUGCAAUUAGCAUUUUGAAAGCUGUGAUUCAAUAUUUCCCAGCUGUCAACUGGAUUGGUCGUGAUAUGCAAACAUGCGUGACUGCACUGACAAAUUCUGAUCCCCGGGAUGAUAUCAAAAUCCCAUCGGCAACCCUCGUUGGAGAUUUGAGUAGGAGAGAGAAGAAAUGGCUGCUUCCACAAGCCUUCACAAUCUUGAAUCCGGGUGCCACAACUGGAGAAUCCAGCAAUACGCCAAAGAAUGAAACUGCUGGACAGGAAGACCGGGUCGCUGGCGGUAAGCCACAGACACCACAGCCGCAAUCAACUACUUCCAAGCCCCUUAAUGCCAACGCACCUGAGUUUCAACCUUCUGCUGCAACCAUCAAAACAAAUGGCACCACGGCUACUCCUAGCACUGGCCGGUUAGAGGUUGAAGAUGGAGAGAUUGAGGACGCAAAAAAGGAAGAGGUAAAAGCCACGGAAGAUUCCUCCAAAACUGAGCCUUCGAACCCUGCUACUCCAACACCCACGCCGGGUAUCCAAACAAGCACAUUGGAUGAUGAGACGGCCACCCAAUACCACGAUAAACCUCAAGCUACGGAGGUACCCGAGCCCGAGGAUGCUCAGAUCGACCGCAGUAGUACGCCCAUUGCCAGUAGAGAUGGAACUCGUGGCCAGGACGCAGGUAAUGACCUAUCUCCACAAACCGGCUCCGGCGCUGGAACCCGGACGCCGUCGGAAUCGUCGCAUCCAUCCAGUUCCUCAAGACGAAUGGACUUCGAUCGACAUGGAGCUAGCAACUCAGGGCUUCGACCACCUGCUAAUCUUCCAAGUAAACCUGAUCUUCCGCGGCAGUAUCGACAUUCUGACCUGAGAGGCCCGGGAAUGCGAUCGAGUGAACCAUCAGGCGACCGACGAGAACGAGAUACGCGGGAUUAUAAGUAUUCUGAACACGGUCGCCUUUCCAGAUAUGGCCCUCAUGACCAUGAGAGAUUAGUUGAACAUCCUAGCAUGGUUGAGCCUCGUGGUUUUGGUCGGCUUUCGGAGAAGGAAAUGGCACACAGGCCAUACCCAGAAGACCAUCUCGGGCGGCCACCUCACAUGCGAGAACACACAGGCCCUCGAGAUCAAGAAUGGAGAGAACGACAUAGCCGCGGGAGGCUUAAUCCUCCAGACAAUCUUAGUCAACGACCAGACCAUCCCCGAUCAUUGAGGGAUGACAUGAACAUGCAACAUCCGCAUGAAUACCCGCACCGCCCUGGACGGCCAUCAAGGGAAGACCGAAGGCCCCCACCACAUGGUCAUGGCUCGCGCCCUCCAACUCCAUCACAGCAAGACGAUCAACGACCUUCUUCAUCUCGAAUGGACAGGCAUGAUGAUCGUGAUAAUAGAAGUAUGCGUCUUGCACCACAAGGCCCUGCUCGACAUGACGAUCUACCUAGCGGACCUCGUGGAACUCGUGCUCCGCAUGGGAGCAUGUCGGACAGCCGUCCACCCCAGGAGUACCAGCGAGACGGGAGGAUGGGGCACCUACCGCCUCCAGACCCAAGCUACGGCCGCCUAAAUCAAGACUCACGAUUCCCAUCCGGGCGUUCUGGUGAUAGCUUCGAGCGUAACACUGAUAUUCCAUCGGGCCCAAGAAGGAACAACCAGCCUGGCCGCGGUGGCAGAGCAGUGUCUGCCGCAGGGCAUCAUCCCUCUAGUUCAUCAGCCAAUGCCGAUCGGCAGCCCCCUACUGGGCCAGCAGGCUGGACCGGACAACGGGGCCAAUCCCACCAGGACCGCUCCUCUCAGGGAACCGGCGCUCAGGAAGACUCCAACGUGAAUAUCAACAACAUGGAUACGUCCGGAAUUCACCCUGACCGGCUGAAGGCCAUGCAAGACCCGAACGACCAAGGAGGCAGACCCGGUGCACCACCCUCUCAACAACAGAAUCUACCUCCUUUAGCACCGCCAUCAGGACCUAGGGGUGGUGCCCAUGGCCCACCAAGUUCGUCCCCAACCACUCGUGGCCGCCCUUCCGCAGCAGCUCUGAGCGGUGAAGGCGGCCGGGGAGACAAGAGAUUCGCUGGACUUAACAACAUGCUGCAACAAUCGUCCGGGCCAGGCGGUGAUAAAUCUGGACAAGGCCCCAUGAGCAGAGGCAGGAUGUCGAAUAGACAAACCGGUUCUACCAGUGGUCCAUCGCCUCAAUCAACCAGACCUCAGCCUCCAAAUGAUGUAGGCCCUGCUGGCGGCAGCACAGGAAAAUCAGAGUUAUUCCCAGCACGAUCUAACGGUCCUCCACCGACACCAGAAGAGGAGAGUCGCAGACCUGGUCGGUCCAGCCGUCGAAGCGAGAUCGUAGACGAAGCAUCCAGCUCUCGACGGUCUUCGCAUUCGAAUACUCCUCUGGAUCGUCCCAUGGAUCGUUCAAUGGAAAGGCCCAGUGACCGUGUUGAAAGAGAUCGUGAACGCCGAGCUGGCGAAGAGAGUUCAAGAACCAGAGACACCAAAAAGGAUGACCGCCGGGAACGACCACGAGAGCGCGAUCGUGACCGUGAUAGAGGCCGGGUUGAUGAAGUUGCCGAACGUGAUGACGCCAGGGCUUCCCGAGACUCCUCUACCCGUCGCAGCGUUCACAGCUCAGGCGGUAACACUGCCGAGGUGACACCAACUACCAACCGCCGGAGAGACAGACGCGAACGUGAUGAUGGACGUGGCUCUGGAAGCGGUGGCGGCAGCAGUGGUGCUGCUGGUAAAGGGAUUCCACUACCUCCACCGCCUCCUCCACUUCCAGGAGAUAGACCUCUUGACAGAUGGGGUGGUGCCGGCCCUGGCCGAAGUGAUGAUAGGCCCCGAGAUCGUGGCGAUCGCGACCGUGAGAGAGGAGGAGGAGGAGGAGGAGGAGAUCGAGACAAAGAGCGAGAUCGCAGCGAUAGGGGCCGAGAUCGUGACAGGGACCGCGGACGGGACAGGAGAGACGGUCCAAAUGUAGGGCCAGAUGGGCGCGGACCGCCUCUAACCCCUACCGGCGGCCUAGGGGGCGGUGCUGGCAAUACCGGCCACAACACCUGGCCUCGUAAAAGAGGCAGACCACACGGAAUGGGAGGAGACGAAACCCAUGAACAUUCGCCAAACAUGGGCGGUCCUAUGAGACCGGGUCCAGGAAGUGACAUGAAGCGGCAGAGACGCUGA